AUGUGGUCUGAUUUUUGGGUGAUCCUGUCCUAUGUGGAGCCAGGAGUUGAACUCAGUGAUCCUUAUAUAACAACAAGAGAAGACAUCAAUUCAAAACAGGCAACAAACAUCAAAACAGACCUGGAGCCUGAGGCAUUCCGGCCAAAUCUUAGUGAUCCCAGUGAAUUACUUCAGCCAGAGCAAAUAGAAAAGCUCACAAAGUCUCUUCCACCGCGGACCAUUGGAUAUCCAUGGACUCUUGCCUACAGUACUGCAAAGCAUGGCAUGAGUUUGAAGACUCUGUAUCGAACUAUGCUGGGAUUAGAUACACCUGUGUUGUUGGUUAUCAAGGACAGUGAUGGACAGAUUUUUGGUGCACUAGCAUCUGAACCAUUUAAAGUGAGUGAUGGAUUUUAUGGCACUGGGGAGACCUUUCUGUUCACUUUUUCUCCAGAUUUUGAGGUUUUCAAAUGGACAGGAGACAACAUGUUCUUCAUUAAAGGCGACAUGGAUUCCCUUGCUUUUGGUGGAGGAGGUGGGGAAUUUGCUCUUUGGCUCGAUGGGGAUCUCUACCAUGGAAGAAGUCAUUCAUGCAAAACAUUUGGGAAUCAUACACUUUCUAAGAGAGAAGACUUCAUUAUUCAAGACAUAGAAAUUUGGGCUUUUGAAUGAGUUGUAAAUGAGAACUACUUCUACAGGGUAUUGUCCCAAACCUGAAAUUAAUCAAUGCAGCUUGAAAUCCCUAUGAGCAAUAUAAUGCACCUGUUUACCUUUUUUUUUUCUUUCUUGUAGUUUUCAGCAUGGCCAUUUAGUUAUUUUGCAAUAGUGGACUUUUUUCAUGCUUCUUUGUCUGUAAUACACUGUCUUACUUUCUCUAAGGUGUAGAAACUCAAA